AUGUUGCAUCUCAUCAUUCCUGUGAACCAAGUUUCCAUCAAGGAGAACAUCAAUCCUUGGGAAAACUUGAACCAAUUCGCUUACUUUCCUUCUUUGAAGGAAGUCUCCUCUCCAAGCUUCGGUCCUGAAAAGGAAAAUCUCUUCUCUGAUUUCUCAAUCUGUGCUCUGCUAACUGAAACCGAAACUACUGGAAAAGAUAGAUUCGUGAUUGUAGGCUCCAGAAGAUAUGGGAAAGCCCAAUCUUUGAACAGAGCUAAUGACUGUCAUCAAAAGGCGGUCUCUUCUGGAAAAUUCUCCAGAAUUGCCACUACUACCAAUGUCUUCUCUGAAAUAGGUUUUGGUCACAACCAAGACGACCAAAUAUCUCUAGUCACCGGACAAGAAGGUACUCCAACAGUGUUUUCUGACAAGAAACCUUCUUUUUUGGUUUGUAAGCCUUUCCAGAAGCAUUUCAACGAGACUUGGAACACUGUGAUCUCAACUUUGAUUUUGUUGCUUCAUGGUCUUCCACCUGCUCACUUCUCUAGCCCAAGUGUUGAACCAGUUCUCGAAGGCUUGAGAUGGACAAGCUCCUUGGCCCUCAACCUUGGAGCUUAUCUUCAAAAUAACUCUGAGGCCAUUUUUAAUGUCCUUGUUUUUCUCUUUUUCCUUCCUUUGAUAGUUCUCAGAAGAAAUGCCUUUGAAAACGAGAAGGCUCUUUCUAAUAGAUCGAAUAUUUACUUGUUGAAGACUAGAGCCAGAUCACCAAUCAUCGUGCGGUCUGCCCAACCCAAAGACAAAAGACUUAGUUUUUGUCAAAUGAAGAAGAGAAGCCCUAGAAAUAUCACUCUUUACCCCUCACACUUUCUAAUGGACAGAGACCGAAGAAUCAGAAGCAUUCUUUUGCAAGAAUAA